UGGACGCGGCGAUGGCGGCGGCCCCGGGCCUGAAGCACUGGCGCACGACGCUGGAGCGCGUGGAGAAGUUCGUGUCGCCGCUCUACUUCACCGACUGCAACCUCCGCGGCAGGCUCUUCGGGGACCGCCAGCCGGUGGCCGCGCUCUCCAGCUUCCUGACGCCGGACAGGCCGCCCUACGGCGAGGCCACCCGGCAGGCCUUCCGCCCCGCGCGGGUCGGCGACCGCUUCGGACCCACAUGGUGGACCUGCUGGUUUCGGGUGGAGCUAGCCAUCCCAGAAGCCUGGGUGGGUCAGGAAAUUCACUUUUGCUGGGAGAGUGAUGGAGAAGGCCUGGUGUGGCGAGAUGGGCAACCUGUGCAGGGCUUGACCACAGAGGGGGAGAAGACCAGCUACAUGCUCACUGAUAGCCUGAGAGAAGAAGACCCCCGAAGCAUUACCCUCUAUGUGGAAGUAGCCUGCAAUGGGCUCCUGGGGGCCGGGAAGGGCGACAUGAUUGCCGCCCCUGACCCAGAGAAGAUGUUCCAGGUGAACCGAGCAGAGCUGGCUGUAUUCCACCAGGAUGUCCAUAAGCUCCUGGUAGAUCUGGAGUUGCUGCUGGGCAUGGCCAAGGCUUUGGGAGAGGACAACCAACGACGCUACCAGGCACUAUACACAGCCAACCAAAUCGUGAAUGUGUGUGACCCUGCCCAGCCCGACACCUACCCAGUAGCUCAGGCCCUGGCCUCCAAGUUCUUUGGCCAAUGUGGAGGUGAAAGUCAACACACCCUCCAUGCCAUGGGCCACUGCCACAUUGAUACAGCCUGGCUGUGGCCCUUCAAGGAGACUGUGCGCAAAUGUGCCAGGAGCUGGGUGACAGCUGUGCAGCUCAUGGAGCGGAACCCUGACUUCAUCUUUACCUGCUCCCAGGCCCAGCAGUUCGAGUGGGUGAAGUGCCAUUAUCCUGGCCUAUACACUCGGCUCCAGGAGUUUGCCUGCCGGGGGCAGUUUGUUCCAGUGGGGGGCACCUGGGUGGAGAUGGAUGGAAACCUGCCUAGUGGAGAGGCCAUGGUGAGGCAGUUCCUGCAAGGCCAGAAGUUCUUCCUACAGGAGUUCGGGAAGAUGUGUUCAGAGUUCUGGCUGCCAGAUACCUUUGGCUACUCAGCACAGCUCCCCCAAAUCAUGCGUGGCUGUGGCAUCAAGUACUUCCUCACCCAGAAACUGAGCUGGAACUUGGUAAACACCUUCCCGCACCACACCUUCCUCUGGGAGGGACUGGACGGCUCUCAGGUGCUGGCCCACUUCCCACCUGGGGACUCCUACGGGAUGCAGGGCACCGUGGAGGAGGUGCUGAAAACGGUCACGAACAACCGGGACAAGGGGAGGGUCAACCACAGUGCUUUCCUCUUCGGCUUUGGUGAUGGCGGUGGUGGUCCUACCCAAACCAUGCUGGAUCGCCUGAAGCGGAUGGGCAAUACAGAUGGACUCCCCAGGGUGGAGCUCUCAUCUCCGGACCGGCUCUUCUCGGCACUGGACAGCCACUCGAAGCAGCUGUGCACCUGGGUCGGGGAGCUCUUCCUGGAGCUGCACAACGGCACCUACACCACCCAUGCACAGAUCAAAAAGGGGAACCGGGAGUGCGAGCGGAUCCUGCACGACGUGGAGGUGCUCAGCAACCUUGCCCUGGCCCGCAGCGCCCAGUUCCUGUACCCGGCUGCCCAGCUGCAGCAUCUCUGGAGGCUCCUGCUGUUAAACCAGUUCCACGACGUGGUGACUGGAAGCUGCAUCCAGCUAGUGGCCGAGGAAGCCUUGGGCCACUAUGAAGACAUCCGAUUUCAAGGCAACGGACUACUCAGCGCUGCAGCCACAGCCUUGUGUGCAGGGGAGCCGGGCCCCGAAGGUCUCCUCAUUGUCAAUACACUUCCCUGGAAGCGCACGGAAGUCCUGGCCCUGCCCAAAACAGGCGGGGCCCAGAGCCUGGGUAUGAGUGGGAGGGUCCUGACACCCACGCUCCUCCCCAGCCCUGGUGACAGUACCCAGCAUGGGCUUCGCGCCUGCACCCGCCCUCACCUCACUGCCGUCCCAGCAGCCUGUAUUCGUGGUGCAAGAGGUGAGGGCAGGCAUGUCCCUGUGGGGCUGGGGGUCCUGGGCUCCCCUACCUGGAGUUGGCGAGUAAGGCAAGACUGGAGUGGGGUGGGGAGUGGGGGUUGGGAAGGACCCCCCCCCAGACUCAGCUUCAGGACCCCUCCCACCAAGACUGAUGGAUCCGUGACGCUGGACAAUGGCAUCCUCCGCGUGAGGCUGGACCCAACGGGCUGCCUGGUGUCUCUGGUGCUGGUGGCCUCCGGAAGAGAGACUAUUGCCGAGGGUGCUGUGGGGAACCAGUUUGUGCUGUUCGACGAUGUGCCCCUGUACUGGGAUGCGUGGGACGUCAUGGAUUACCACCUGGAGACACGGAAGCCACUGCUGAGCCAGCCAGGGACCCUGGCCAUAGGUGCAGAAGGCGGACUGCGGGGGAGUGCCUGGUUCCAGCUACAGCUCAGCCCCAGCAGUCGACUCAGCCAGGAGGUGGUGCUUGACGUCGGUUGCCCCUACGUCCGCUUCCACACCGAGAUCCACUGGCAUGAGUCCCACAAGUUCCUGAAGGUGGAGUUCCCUGCCCGUGUGCGAAGUCCUCAGGCCACCUAUGAGGUCCAGUUCGGGCACCUGCAGCGGCCCACCCACUACAACACGUCCUGGGACUGGGCCCGAUUUGAGGGAUGGGCGCACCGCUGGGUGGACCUGUCCGAGCAUGGCUUUGGGCUAGCGCUGCUCAAUGACUGCAAGUACGGAACGUCAGUGCAGGGCAAUGUGCUCAGCCUCUCCCUCUUGCGGGCGCCUAAGGCCCCCGACACCAAUGCCGACAUGGGGUGCCACGAGUUCACUUACGCGCUGAUGCCCCACAAGGGCACCUUCCAGGACGCUGGUGUCAUCCAAGCUGCCUACAACCUCAACUUCCCCCUGCUGGCGCUGCCCACACCGGGCCCAGCGCCCGAAGCUGCCUGGAGCGCCUUCUGCGUGUCCUCACCCGCGGUGGUGCUGGAGACUGUCAAGCAGGCUGAGGCUGCACCCCGGGGCCGCUGGCUGGUGCUGAGGCUUUACGAGUCCCACGGCAGCCACGUAGACUGCUGGCUGCACACACCGCUGCUGGUCCAGAAGGCGUUCCACUGUGAUCUCCUGGAGCAGUAUGAUGCAGAGGAACACCUGCCCGUUCAGGAUGGCCGCCUGAAGCUCAGCUUCUCUCCCUUCCAAGUACAGUCCCUCCUGCUCCUGCUGCAGCCCCCACUAAAGUGAGGUGGGGUGCUUGUUAUGGGGGUGGGUCUCUGCCACCCCAGCCUGAAGCAAGGCU